AUGGCUGAGUCUAAUAAUUCUGCCGCCGCGCCGGCAAUCCAAACCAACAUCGAGUCGGGUCACUUCGACGAGAAGGCUGCCCACCACAACACCGAGCCUGCCCACACCAAGCCCAAGGUUGACGACGGCGAGGAGGAAGAUGAGGACAUUGACGCCCUGAUCGAGGACCUUGAGUCCGACGAUGGUGGGGAUGAGGAAGAGGAGGAGGAAGGCCAGGGUGUUGGCCAGGGUCGUACCAUUCCCGAGGAAAUGCUCAACACUGAUACCCGUCUCGGUCUGACAGAAUCUGAGGUUACCAACCGUCGUCGCAAGUAUGGUCUCAACCAGAUGAAGGAGGAGAAGGAGAACCUAAUCCUCAAGUUCUUCGGUUUCUUCGUUGGUCCCAUUCAGUUCGUCAUGGAGGCUGCUGCCGUCCUUGCCGCUGGUUUGGAAGACUGGGUCGAUUUCGGUGUCAUUAUUGGUCUGCUAUUGCUCAACGCUGCUGUUGGUUUCAUCCAAGAAUACCAGGCUGGUUCCAUUGUCGAUGAGUUGAAGAAGACACUUGCCCUCAAGGCCGUCGUUCUCCGUGACGGUACUCUCAAGGAGAUUGAGGCUCCCCAAGUCGUCCCUGGUGAUAUCCUGCAGGUUGAAGAGGGUACUAUCAUUCCCGCUGAUGGCCGUAUCGUUACCGAUGACGCUUUCCUUCAAGUCGAUCAGUCUGCCCUCACUGGUGAGUCUCUUGCUGUUGACAAGCACAAGAACGACCAGUGCUUUGCUUCCUCCGCCGUCAAGCGUGGUGAGGCCUUCAUGGUCGUUACUGCUACUGGUGACAACACCUUCGUCGGUCGCGCUGCUGCCCUGGUCAGCCAGGCUUCCAGCGGCACUGGUCACUUCACUGAGGUCCUCAACGGCAUUGGUACGAUUCUGCUUGUUCUCGUCAUCCUGACUCUUCUGGUUGUUUGGGUUUCUUCUUUCUACCGCUCCAACCCCAUCGUUGAGAUCUUGGGCUUCACCCUCGCUAUCACCAUUGUUGGUGUCCCCGUCGGUCUUCCCGCCGUCGUUACCACCACCAUGGCUGUCGGUGCUGCUUUCCUCGCCAAGAAGAAGGCUAUUGUCCAGAAGCUCUCGGCCAUUGAGUCCCUUGCUGGUGUCGAGAUUCUUUGCUCUGACAAGACCGGUACUCUGACUAAGAACAAGCUUUCUCUGUCUGAGCCCUUUACUGUUGCUGGUGUUGAGCCCGAUGACCUCAUGCUUACUGCUUGCUUGGCUGCCUCUCGCAAGAAGAAGGGUAUGGAUGCCAUCGACAAGGCUUUCCUCAAGGCCCUCAAGUACUAUCCUCGUGCCAAGGGUGUCCUCUCUAAGUACAUUGUCAAGGAAUUCUACCCCUUCGACCCCGUCUCCAAGAAGGUUACUGCCAUCGUCGAGUCUCCCCAGGGUGAGAUCAUCACUUGCGUCAAGGGUGCUCCUCUUUUCGUCCUGAAGACUGUUGCUGAAGACCACCCCGUCCCUGAGGAGAUCGACCAGGCCUACAAGAACAAGGUCGCUGAGUUCGCUACCCGUGGUUUCCGUUCUCUUGGUGUUGCCCGCAAGCGUGGUGAGGGUGCUUGGGAGAUUCUCGGUAUCAUGCCUUGCUCUGACCCUCCCCGUCACGACACUGCUCGCACUAUCAACGAAGCCAAGCGUAUGGGUCUCUCUAUUAAGAUGCUUACUGGUGACGCUGUCGGUAUCGCUCGUGAAACUUCUCGUCAACUCGGUCUCGGUACCAACGUCUAUAACGCUGAGCGUCUUGGUCUUGGUGGCGGCGGUGACAUGCCCGGCUCUGAGGUCUACGAUUUCGUUGAGGCUGCUGAUGGUUUCGCUGAGGUUUUCCCCCAACACAAGUACAAUGUCGUCGAAAUUCUGCAACAGCGUGGUUACCUUGUUGGUAUGACUGGUGACGGUGUCAACGAUGCUCCCUCAUUGAAGAAGGCCGACACUGGUAUCGCUGUCGAGGGUGCCUCCGAUGCUGCUCGUUCCGCUGCCGAUAUCGUCUUCUUGGCUCCUGGUCUUGGUGCUAUUAUUGAUGCUCUUAAGACUUCCCGCCAGAUUUUCCACCGUAUGUACGCUUAUGUCGUCUACCGUAUUGCUCUGUCCCUCCACUUGGAGAUCUACCUUGGUCUCUGGAUUGCCAUCCUCAACCGAUCUCUCAACAUUGAGCUCGUUGUCUUCAUUGCCAUCUUCGCUGAUGUUGCUACCCUGGCCAUUGCUUACGAUAACGCUCCUUACUCCAUGAGCCCCGUCAAAUGGAACUUGCCUAAGCUCUGGGGUAUGUCCGUCAUUCUCGGUGUAAUUCUCGCUGUCGGUACCUGGAUUACUGUCACCACCCUCUACGCCAACUCUGAGAACGGUGGUAUUGUCCAGAACAACGGUAACCUCGAUGAAGUCCUCUUCCUUGAGAUCUCUCUUACCGAGAACUGGCUCAUCUUCAUCACUCGUGCCAACGGUCCUUUCUGGUCGUCCAUCCCUUCGUGGCAAUUGACUGGGGCUAUCUUCCUCGUCGAUGUCAUCGCUACUCUCUUCUGUAUCUUCGGUUGGUUCGAGGACGGAUACACCCACAUUGUCGCCGUUGUCCGUAUCUGGAUCUUCUCGUUCGGUGUCUUCAGCGUCAUGGCCGGUGUCUACUACUUCCUCCAGGACAGCUCUGGAUUCGACAACCUGAUGCACGGCAAGUCUCCCAAGGGAAGCCAAAAGCAACGCUCCCUUGAAGACUUCGUCGUCUCACUCCAGCGUGUCUCCACCCAGCACGAAAAGUCGCAGUAA